GUCACUCGCACUGCAUUCUCACCAUCGCUAUAACCAAGAUGGAGGCCAUCGUUCUCUACGACGUUUCCAAGAUCCAUCCCACCCCAUGGAACCCGAAUACAUGGAAGACUCGGUUUGCUCUGAACAUGAAACGCCUGAAGUUUACGACCGAGUGGGUCGAGUACCCCGACAUCGAAAGUACGCUGAAGAAGCUCGGUGCGCCGCCAACCGGGAAGACGUCAGACGGGCGGGAUUACUACACCCUGCCAACCAUCUUUGACCCAAACACGAAGAAGGUGGUCACAGACAGCGUAGUGAUCGCCAAGUACCUCGACGAAACGUACCCUGACGAUGUGAAGCUGAUUCCUGCGGGUACCGACGCAUUCCAGGAGAUGUUCCACGAGUUCAUUUGGAUGAACGUUGGGAUCCCUCUUAUGGCGUCUGGCUUUGUGGAUGCGUUGGGCGUCAUGGAUGCACGCAGCGGGGAGUACUUCCGUGUGACGCGUGAGCGGAUGUUUGGGAAGAAGUUCGAGGAGUUUGGCGAGGCGGAAUGGCAGAAAGUCGAGGCAGGUUUGGGGGCGCUGAAACGGUACCUUGAGGCGAAUGGAAAGGGGGACGACUUGCUACUCAUGGGACCUCAGGUCGGCAUCACACACUCAGACCUCCAGUUCGCGGGCAUGCUUGCCUGCGGAAAGGAUGUAUGGGGUGAAAAUUCAGAGCAGUGGAAGAGGCUGAUGGGCUUCCAUGGCGGGAAGUGGAGCAGGUACUAUGCGCAGUUUAUCAAGUUCGAGAAAUAGAUAUCCAGUGGGUCGAUCAUAUGCUAAAUACAGUUUGUAAUAUGAGGAGAGGACUCACGAAGAG